AGAGUCCACGAAGAGAACGAUUGAGGGGUGAGGGACGUGGAAGGGCGAACCAAAAGGUGGGGGAUCGCCGCCGCGUCGCCAGCCGUUAGUUCGCCGUGUGCGCUCGUCACGUGAGGAUCUGCUGUUUUAUUAACUAUUUUCACAUCUUGCUCUUUUGACGUCCGGAUAUUGUUGUAUUAUUUAUUUACAAAGAGCAUUGAGGUCCUGACGAGGACGACUCGAUAUCACAGGUGAGAUUGGUUCAUCAAAACCAUCAAAUAGUUAUCAAGAAAUUGAAUAUCAAGUAAAUUAAAAAAAAGGUGAAGCCUGUGAUCAGUUCUGCAGACAGCAUAAACUUGACAGAAACGUGUGACACUACUUUACUUGAAGAUCUUUUAGCUCUGCACUUGAGACUUGUAACGUGGGAGUUUGAAAUAUCGUUAACAUGACUUGGGAUGUUGUGUUUUAUUAAUUGGCGGUCGUUUAAUAUACACGAUCAGCCAUUGGCGAAUGAAUACAAUCGCGUGAACCGGAAAACGCGGAUUGCGCGCGGUUUGUGGUGCGAAUUUGACUAGUGGGAAAACUUUUACAAGACUUUGCACUCGGACCACGCACCCAAUACGUCGUAUAGUUAUUAUCGUCGUUGCGUCAUGUGUUAACGUUCUAACGCUUUUUUUUUUCUUCUUUUGAUCUUCAUCACCUUCAGCGCGUUCGUGCCUUUUUCAUCGUCUCAAGCCGGCACUCAGUGCAGUCCAGCUAAGGCGUGUGUUGAUUGGACAACGAGUUGCUGUAAAACAACCAAGAACCCGCGAUUUUCUACGUGGGGCCAGGCCUGAAUAUGUCAGCGAAGCGAAAGGCCACUGCCAUCAUGCAGCACCACAAGGAAAACAUUUCGACUCCGGAGUCUGCUGAUAUUACAGAAGACGAUCAUUAUUCCAACGCGCUCGUGAGAGACGCGGAUAAGCUGAAGUUGAUGCUGCUCGCGUGGAAUUAUAAUCUUCAGCAGCAGGCACAGGCGCAGGCUGCAACAGCAGCUUUAUCACCGAAUAAUUCCUCGACAACCACGUCCAACACCAUCGGCACACCUGUCACCAGCCAAUCAGCCAUUUCCACGGCAAACAACACCAUUAACAACUCCACACUUACAGACUCUCGAAAUGGCACGUCAGAACUUGGAGAGUUAUCAACAGGCGCAGUACCAAGUCUGGGAGCUGUGGCUGGGGUCGGUAGUGAAGACAUGGCAUCUUUGUGGGCUUCAUAUGCUAUGGGUUUAAAAAAGACACCGCCUCCUGCAUCAUCUUGCACACCAUCACGUUCAGAUCGUGAUAGAGAGUCCAGUCCUGCUGGUGGUGAAGGAGCUGGUAGUGCACAAGACGAAACAAGUAGCAGUGGAAAUAAAGAAGAUGAAGAUGACGAUGAUGAAGAUGCUGAUGAAAGACUUGAUCCACGACAUCAUGAUCCAGAACGUCUUAAAGCUUUUAACAUGUUCGUCAGGCUCUUCGUCGAUGAGAACUUGGACCGCAUCGUCCCGAUCUCAAAGCAACCCAAGGAAAAGAUUCAAGCUAUAAUCGACAGUUGUACACGACAAUUCCCAGAGUUUGCUGAACGUGCGAGGAAACGAAUCAGGACGUAUCUGAAGAGCUGUAGAAGAAAUAAGAGAGGAAGAGAAGGUGCACCGUGGGACGCGGCGAGACCAACGCCGGCUCACUUGACCUCGGUGCAGGCGGAGCAGAUUUUGGCAACGGCUUGCGAAAACGAGAGCGACAACGCGAAACGCAUGAGGCUGGGUCUCGAGCCGGUCUCACAACCCAUGCCUACAUUGCCAGCGGCUACGCAAACAGACGUACGAGCAAGUCUCGAUCACUUUUCAAGUACUCCAGUUAAAUCGCUCCCUGGUAAACGAGAAGAUACUCCACCUACGUCGAUGACAUCUCUUGCACCUUUGACUAGUUUGGCCAAUCUACCUAGCAACACCCUUGCCUCAACGCCUCUCUCUCUAGCUCCAGCUUCGAAACUAUUGACACCCUCGGAUAACAAGGGUCUCAUGAGCCAGGCGACGAUAGUUAGCUCGUCAGCAGUAAACGGCGUUGGAAGUAGUGGAGCACCAACAGCUAUGUACAGACCAAACUUUAGUCAAGCUUUCCAACGUGCUGUACCAACAACUGUCCCACCUACCUUGUCAGCUGGACUUUAUCCCACUCAAAGCUUUACUUCAGGCCUGUUAAGCAACGGACCAACGGACCUUAGUAUGAAGAACACGAAGCCGUUGCUUAGUCAUAAAUUGAAUGCAACGGAAAUGACCGCCGUGAGGCAACUGAUAACUGGGUAUCGAGAGUCAGCAGCAUUUUUAUUAAGGUCUGCCGACGAGCUUGAACAACUGUUGCUGCAGCAACCUUAACUUAUGAUGGAUAAAAUAAAAUGUUCAUUGGAGCUAUUACCGAUGCUCCAUCAAUUAUAUUAGCAGUUAAGAAGCAGAAGUAGAAAAAGUAGAAGCUGAAGCAACAGUAGAAAAUUUUCAAACGAGCUUUCACCAACAGGGAAAAGUUCUUCAAGUUUAAUUCUGGGUUAAAGCCAUUACUCAGUUCAUUUACCGACCGCCGUCGUCGACGUUACGUCGACGAUUCUACUGCUGGCAAUGAAAACUUUCGCUGAUCAACGAAGCACCUCUGUCUGCAAUAGAGAGUUCCUUAUCACUGCAAGUUCAUUCUCUGGAUAUUUAGCGAGCUGAAAAUUUGAUCGUCGACAAAUCUGCGAGCCAAAUUUGUCAAUUUAAAAUAUAGCAGCUUAAUGUAUAUCUAUCUUCGCUCGGUACUUGAUUUUUCCCCACUUAAGCUUUGAUAUAUAAAUUAAUGGAGAAAGUGAGGAGAUAACUGGAUGAGCAUUGAUGUAGUUUAGAGAAUAAGCCAAGUGUUUCGAUGUGCGCAAAUGGAGCAUUAGUUUAAUAAUUAAGUUAUAAAAUAUUCAUAAUACUGAUACAAAAAUUAUAAUAAUAAUAAUAAUAAUAAUAAUAAUAAUAAUAAUAAUAAUAAUAAUAAUAAUAAUAAUAAUAGUUAUUAU